AUGCUCGAAUCCAAGCUCGUCGUUCAUCCGGCAUCCGAGCUUGUCUUCAAUGAUGAAAAUGCCAAAGCCCCCAAGAACCGCACGAGCACGCUCGCACUGUCAAACCCGCUGGACGAGCCCAUCCACUUCAAAAUCAAGACCACCAACCCCAAGCGCUACUCAGUCCGUCCCAACGCUGGCGUUGUCCUGCCGCAGUCCACCGUGGAAGUUAUUGUGUCGCUCCUCGCCCAGACGGAGCCCAUCGAAGAGAAAGUCAAGGACAUGUUUGAAGUGCACAGCUUGGUUGGCGAUGCUGGCGACGACACGAUGUGGGAAAACAAAGAGCUGGUUGCGCGAAAUCGCCUCACAGUUUCGCUGAUUGCUGUGCAACAAGAACAAGCUGUUUCAGCCGCCACAGCACCCAAGCCUCGAAUGGAGGGGACGGACGGUGCGAAGCCGACUCAGCUUGGCGACGCUGCAUUGCAAGCGAUUGCCGAGGCACUCCAGUUGAACACAUUGCUGGCUCUCGUUUAUCCUGACAACCAGGAAGCACCAUUGCAUAUCGAAAUAGGCAAGGCUGCAGCUUAUGCCGCCGCGCUUGCUGCCAUCGAGAUCCAGCAAUUGCGCGCCGAGCUCGCUGCCAAAGAGCAGGAGCUCCAACGACUUUGCCCCGAGCUCGCUGCCAAAGAGCAGGAGCUACAACGACUUUGCCCCGAUCUCGCUGCCAACGAGCAGGAGCUACAACGACUUUGCCCCGAUCUCGCUGCCAAAGAUGGUCAAAUCGACAAAUCCGAGUGCAACCAACCUGCCGGCACAUCCGCGAGAUUUGACGACGCCUUUCGGCAACUUGUUCUCGCAACUCUUGCUGCCGGCACGAGCAACGGUGCCACGGAAUCUCUGCUCGGCGAAGGAGCAUUUGGUCGCAUGAAGGGCGCCACUGGCCCUCGCGUUGAUUCGGUUCAGCGAUGGCAACGCGAGGGCCGUCAACGCGCGGCCACCGUCGCGUCGGAGCUGUUGUCCUUGUCGAAAGUCAGCCACCCCAACAUCAUUGCCACCAUGUCGUAUGUAGAAUCAGGCGACGAAUGGUGCUUUGUGAACGCAUGCAUGCCAAAAAACGGUUCUGUUCGCGACCGCUUGGAUCGCAAGACCAGCACCCCUCCACUGACUUGGUUCCAGCGCCAUCGCAUUGCUGCUGAUGUUGCCCGCGGCAUGCACCAUAUCCAGACAGCCUUCCCUGAUCGUGCACUGAUCCACCUCGAUCUUACGACGGACCAUGUGCUUUUGGACGAGCAUUUCACGGCGAGAGUGUCUGAUUCUGGCCUUAUUCGUGCGGCCCACAAAACUUUUGAGGGCAGCUACGUUUGCACCCAAGAUACUCAAGGCGCCCUUGCUUACCUGUGUCCAGAAUUGCUCAUUGAGGGCAGAAUGACCAUCAAGACAGAUGUCUACGCAUUCGGCAUGAUUCUGCUUGAGCUAUUGACCGCCGCCAAGGCCGGGCCCAGCCUUAAAACAAGCACACGAAAGGCUGUUAAAAACAACACUGUCUUUGAGAUGCUGGACUCGACCCUCGAACCAACCGAAGCAGAGCGCCAAAGCGGCAGUGAGCUAGCCACUCUUGCUCUCGCGUGUCUUGAAGAAGCUGCAGAUGACCGUCCCUCCUUUGAAAGCAUCCUUGCGACAUUGGACCCUUGA